AUGACGCGUAUCAACGCCAUCUCGACUUCCCAACUGAGGUUCCACUACACCCUUCUGUUUCUCAAGACUACCUUGGUAAAAUCUAUCACGAUGGCAUGCGCUGAUCUUUCCUUCAUCAAGCUGAAAAAAGCUAUGAGCACCUUCGCUGAUCUGCCAACCGAGAUGGUUCAAAACGUGUUCGAAUUCGUACGCCAGAGGCCCGACCAACGCGCCGUCUGUCUGGUUAGUCGCUUAUGGAGAAAGAACAUGGCACCUGUGAUGUGGAAAAAGCUCGAAACCAACUUGACAUCGCCUGGUAGCGGCUCUUUGAAAACGUUACUGGAACCGAAUUCCAAUAUCUUGCCCCACGUACGAGAACUGAAGAUAUGCAGCCUGACGUUUGUGCAUGACAUGGAAGAUCGUCUGAGGCUGUUAAUAGCAGCGCUUCCACGCGACAAACUUCGUGCGAUUCACUGCACCUACUACAUCGGGGACUUGACCUUCCAGCAGUUGUUGCUUUCGCAACGCAAACUCGAAAGCAUCCAAGUCGCUACUGCGUUUACGCAUCUGAGCCAGGAAGGCGACCCUUACUUUCUGUCUUACGACUAUCACUCAUGGACAGCCUCCAUGAUGUCCGAAGUGAAGCAGAUACAAUUUGAUCACAGUGUGGAGGAGGAUGGACAACCCGAGAAGACCUUCAGAAUCUUGCGAGCAGCCUUCGAUGCAUGUCCAAAACUAGAAGACCUCAUAUUCAUCGACUCAAGGACGUUCCCAGACUCAUUACAGGAUAUACUCUCCUACGCAAUUGGAGGUCAACUAUUCUUCCAACUCACAUCUGUCACCUUCGAAUCGUUGAAUCUCGUGCCACACGGUUCACAGCCAUUCUGUCACAACUUUAACGUCACGAAGUUGCAGAAGAUGAAUAUCAUGUCAUGCGAAAAUGUUAUUCAAUUCCUGGACAGCCUGACCAAGUCGUACUCUGGAACGUCUGGGGCGCUGAAGGUGCUAUCAAUGCAGCUGCUAGAAGAUGAUCCUACGCCAGUGGAAACUAUCAGCUCCGUUGAGGGAUUCCUCAAAGCCUGUCCCAAACUCAAGGACCUCUCUCUAGAACUUGCCACAUGCCCCCUUGUAGGCAAAGACUUUCUCUUGUCUCACGCGGACACACUGCGUUCGCUUGUCGUUAGCACCUUGGGGCCUGAGCAGCGCGUAUACUCAAAACAGGGUCUAGGUAGCAUCUUAAAGGCCUGCAAGAGGCUUAGAUGUCUUGCGAUCAACUUUCCGCGGAUCAGGCUGGGGUCUGUCACCAAGCCAGGUCGAGAUCUGCACUUCAAUGAAAGUGAAGAGGGCUCCGAGGGCCUUCUGGCUCUGAUUUCGCGAUACUCUUCGCUCCACACUCUUGGAAUGCUCAACUUGCCUGAGCUCACAUUCGACUACUACGCGAACGACCACCGAACUCUCGCAAUGGCGUCCGAUCAAGUCAUCCUUCAGUCCUACAAUUCAGCCAUGCAGAGCUUUGCCAACCAAGUCUUUCGCUACAUGGCGCAGCACGGCACAUCUCUAAACGUCUUUCACGUCGAAGCUGAGAGUAUGUCUGGAAAUCCAGCAGACACGACCGUUGUUCCAUUAUUUCACAGGUGGCGUGAUUUCACUUACAUCGGCGGACAUAUCCAAGGCGGAUCUGGCAUUCAUGUAGCAGUGCACGUGCCAUUGAAAGCUGCGUACAGAGAGUUUCCCGAUAACUUCAUCAUACAGAACUUUGCCAGAAGAUCAUAUAUUUUCUCUUCUCGACAAGAGCAGCAAGCUCCCCAUCGACACUGCACCUGCCUAUUCCCACACCCAUCGAUGGCGCCUACUACGUUCUCCGAUCUGCCACCUGAGAUGGUCAGGAAUGUGUUCGCUUUCGUGCGACAGAAACCUGACCAAGGCGCGAUCUGCCUUGUCAGUCGCGCAUGGAAAGACCAUAUGGCACCCAUGAUGUGGGAGGACUUUGAGACCGACUUGGACACCGUAUCCCCUCAAUCUAUGUUUCCAUUCGCCCUCUUGACCACUCCGCCGCUAACAGAUUUCCAGACUGUGAUCUCCAAAACUACGACUAUACGGGCUUUCCGAAUUUUCACAGUAACUAAGCACGACUUCUGGGAUGCCACCGAUGACGGAAAUCUACUCCCAAUGCGGCAUACGACUCUCCUUCAGGUACUGAUGCAGAACCUUGCCAACCAGAUUAUGCGAUUCAUGGUUAAGCAAGGAUCUAACCUGAAGAUUCUUAGCUUCAAACCUGCUGAAGUGGACGAGGAACUCCCAGGUCAAAAGCUGAUCAGGGAUGGAAAUGGCCAUCGGUGGCCGGAGUAUCAUUACUGCCGUGGUCAUGCGACCGACAUUACAGGCACAAGUGUCGUGAUUGCGCAUCCUUUGAGAAACAUAGCACUGGAGUUCCCAGGUUAUGCAGAGUUCCUCGACUGA